AUGGAUGUCCCAGUUGAAAGAUUUUUAGCAUGGCCACCGUUUUACACUUUGCAGCCUAAUCUGGACACCAGAUCACAGCAACUUUAUUUGUGGACACAAAUAUUGUUGGAAUAUUCUCAGAAGAAUAGGAUUUAUAUAGCGACGUCGCAUGAUUUUCAUGAUAUAAUGAGGAAUAAUGAAGUAAGUAGAUCAUUAAGCGAGGAGUUCAAGAAUGUCUUAUUUGAUUAUAUGCUUAAGCAAAAAAAUGCUAUUAGAGAAGGAGAAGCCUAUAUGAUUUUUUGGAAAAAGCCUGAAGCUUGGGGAGAGCAAGUAUAUAGAUGGGCUGUUGACAGUGGAAGAGUCGGAUCUGUUGAGACUGUAGAAGGGCUGGUAUCUGGCGACGAAACCACAAGGGAAGAGUUUUAUGGGAUGCCAGUUAACUAUAUGAUGGUUAUUUUAAGAUCACUAGAAAAAUCAAGAAAAGCAGAGCUCUUUCAAGUCGGCGAAGGCAUGGCUGUUAAGUUCUUCUAA